UAUACAAGUUCGUGUUAACGAUCUAUAGUAUAGUAUAGACAUCUGUGUUGACGCCCCAAGUGUUGGAGUCGAGUGAAAUUAAAGAAAUACCGGCUGUACUGCUGUAGCUGUAUUGAGGAGAAAUGAAUCACCGACUCAACUAGGGUGGAUCAGGCUCGUUGAAUUCGCCAGCUUCUGAACCGAAUAAUCGGAAUUAAGCGAAAGCAACGUGCGCUCGUCAAUGUAACGUGUCGUUCCCGUAUGCUUUGCCGACUCGAAUACACCAGUGUAAAAUUUGAUAAGCUUCUGAGAGUUUGGUCGCGAAUGCGAACUAUAUCAUUUAUAUAAAAACUUGUGAAUUAUCUAUCAUAAAUCAUGUCGGGAACGCUAAAACCAUAUUUGACAGCAGUCAGGCGUACGCUUACUGCCGCUAUGUGCCUGGAGAAUUUCUUCUCUCAAAUCGUGGAAAAGCAUAACAAGCCCGAGGUGGAAGUAAGAGCGAGCAAAGAACUGCUUUUAACGCCCAUCUUGAUAAGUAGAAACGAUAAAGAGAAGGUCCUGAUCGAAUCGAGUAUAAAUAGUAUGAGAAUAAGCAUCGCCGUGAAGCAGGCGGACGAUCUAGAAAAAAUUCUUUGUCACAAUUUUACAAGAUUCAUGACAAUGAGGGCCGAACACUUUAUGAUUCUCAGAAGGAAACCAGUAGAGGGCUACGACAUUAGUUUUUUAAUUACUAAUAUUCACGUAGAACAAAUGUAUAAGCACAAGAUAGUAGACUUUGUUAUUCAUUUUAUGGAAGAAAUCGAUAGAGAAAUCAGCGAAAUGAAGUUAUCGGUUAACGCCAGAGCACGCAUAUGUGCGGAGGAAUUUCUGAAAAGGUUUUAAUCUGUUCAUUAUCGAACCAACUGUAUCUGUUUGAAGAAUCAUGGGAUACGCUGCAAUGGUAUUGUCCAGUGAAUUGUUGUGCAACUUUUAACAACACUUUGGACAAGAUUAAUAGACACUUUUACAAAGUAUCUAGCAAUGUAUCCUCAUUCACAUGCCACUUAUUCUUCCAUGUUGAAUGGAUCGACAUAUAAAUCAUUAAUUCAGAUCUUAGUAUAUAAAAAUGUAAGCGAUAUCAAGAGUGAGCGACGCUGUUUAAACUUUUGUGAAGAAGGUACUUGUUUGGCGCGGUAGUUGUGUAAGUUUAAAAUCAAUUCACAUUAAAAAUUGUGAAAAAGAACGAUCAUUUGAUAAUGUAUUAUAAGCGUAGUUAGUUUUAAGUAAAUCUACGUGCCGGAGGAAAAUUUUUCCGAGUUAAUUGACACGGAAUAAUUCAGUUUUACUAUUUGCUAAAAUGAAGUAAAAAAAUUGAAAUUUUAUAUGCACGUAUAUGAUUACACACACAUACCUACAUACAUAUACAUAUAUGUAUGUAUGCAUGUAUGUUCAUCCCUCUGUAAUCAACUACACUCGUCCCUUGAUUUAGAUGGAGUAUUCGCUCCAUGUGGGUUUGUUACGCGAGUUUUUUGAAAAUUGUGAAAACGAAGUCUGCGAGUACAAAAAAAGUGUGAGACAGAAAAACAGAUUUAAAUUUUAUUUGUUAUUUCUAUCAGUACUGUACUCCAAAGCAGUCAAUUGGUUCUUCUGAAUUGGUUUGAAGUUGUUGUUCUCAUCACUAGAAAUUAUCGACACUUCCACUGCCACGCCAGUUUACUAUCAAUGUCCGUUUCAAAGAUAUAUUUUCUGUAUAAAAUGAGACUGCGUAAAAGAGUACCGCAUAAGGGAUGAGUGUAUAUAAUUUCCGAACAAAGGUAUUAUCUAUGAUUAUAUAUCACAUUCAUAUUUAGUAGAUACUUGGCCAAAGUUGUGUCGUAGAAAUUAUUUUGCCAAUUCAUCGUAGUUGGAUCUUAUUAAGUAUUGAGUGAAUGGGUGUCUUGCAAAAUUGUGUUUUUCAAACUUGUAUAUUUUACAUAACUUUUAUAUAAUUUUCUUGUAAUAAUACAUUUAAUUGAAAUAGCAUAGAUUCAAAUAUCAUAGAACAAAUUGCAAUACCAAAUAUAAUUUAGCAAGAUUUAUUACUUCAAAAUUUGUUUAAAAAAUCCUUGCAUAUAAUACUAGAUCGUUUAAUAAAUAUAUUGUUUACUUUUUAAAAUAUAUUUGAAGAAGAAGAGAAGGAGGAGAAGUGAAGUCAAUAAAAAGUAUACAUCUUGAAGAAUACUUUUGCACUAUGUUUAUGUAAAGUGUUACUGUAUAAUGAAAUGUUUAUUACAAUUGGAAUUAAAAUUUUUUAAAUAUAAGAAGAACACGCGGAUAUAUCAACGUAACGUGUUUUCAGGCUUCAAUGGAAGAGUAAUAUCCUUCGACAAUUUUGCACUACGUGUAAGCAAAACGCGUGUCACACUUGUAAGAGAAACCCAAGUUUCAUUACGAAAUAAAGUAAUAUGAAGUUACAUGUAUACACCGUAAAAAUAUGCUAUAAAGGUAGAUAAAAAUUACUGGUGACAAUUUA